UGAUGAUUAAAAUGAUGUAGACAAACUUGAUCAGAAGAGAAAGAUGGAAGCUCUGAAUAUUCUUCUGCUUUUAAUUGCAUGUCAUGCAAAUAGCGCUCAGGCAUUGUCAUGGACAACAGCGGACUAUGAGUGGUGGGAUUCCACCUCAGAUCUUUCAUAUGCCUAUUCAUGUAUGAAUAACUGUGGAUCCUACUUUGGCGCUUGUUCAUGUACAUAUGCCUGUCAGGAAAAUAGAAACUGCUGCUAUGACUUUAAUGACUACUGCUCAAUGACAGACAUAACGACAGAAACUACAGCUUUGCCCUCCUGCAGAUACAACUGUGGAUACAACCUCGGCAGCUGUUCAUGCCGCUACAACUGUCACACCUAUGGCGACUGUUGCCCUGACUACGACAACCAUUGCUAUAUGACCACCGAUUGGCCGGACACGACAGAAGGUUUUCACUCCUGCAGGUAUAAUUGUGGAUACAACUUCAGCAGCUGCUCGUGCAACUUCAACUGUCAGUAUUACGGCAACUGUUGCCCAGACUAUCAAUGGUAUUGCCCAUCAUCCACAACAAAUAAUCCAGUUACUCACCCUAAGUGUGGAGGACAUCUGUAUGGUGCUGGGAUGUUUUCCACUCCAAACUACCCAAGCUAUUACCAUGACAACGCCUACUGUGUGUGGUAUCUUUCUGCUCAGCAAGGACAGAGGAUCUUCUUGACAUUUGCUGAUGUGCAACUGGAGCGCUGCUGUGACUGUGACUACAUCACUAUUCAUGACGGCUCUUCCACUGGCUAUCCACAGCUGGGAACGGUCUGCUUCAAUGAGACCACACAUCAGGCAUUUCACUCUUCUUCACGGUACUUGACUGUUGUCUUCAGGAGUGAUUACACUAGUGUCAGCCAUGGGUUCAAGGCCCAUUUCACCAGCUCUCUCACUGCAGAUCAAGGUCGUGUGGAUUGUUCCUCAGACAACAUGGUCAUUGUCCUUCGAAGGUCUUAUCUGAACUCACUGGGAUUUAGUGGAAAUGACCUUUAUGUGGAUGACCGUCUCUGCAGACCAAACAUUAGCAGCACUGAAGUUGUGUUCAGAUUCCUCCUCGACACAUGUGGAACCGCCAAAAAGAUGAUGAACGGUUUUGUGUCCUACACCAACAAUGUGCGGGCAUCUCCAUAUCAGUCAGGUGUAAUCACUCGUCAGUCAGAGUUUCUUCUGCGAGUGGGCUGCCGAAUGGAGCCGGACACUAUUGUGCAGAUCUUAUACAAGGCCAAAGAAAUCCCCAAUGCCAACAUCACAGGAACGGGCCGCUUUAAUGCCAGCAUCGCCUUCUACACCUCCAGAAAGUUCAACCAGCAGAUUUACGACUCUCCAUAUGAAGUGUACCUGAAUGACGAUCUGUUUGUUCAAGUCAAGCUAACCAGAUUUGAUGCGAGCCUGGAUCUCUUCCUAGAGACUUGUGUAGCAUCUCCAAAUCCAAAUGACUUUAAAGACCAUUCCUAUGACCUGCUGCGUAACGGAUGUCCCAGAGACAGCACAUUUCAAUCCUAUAUUAACGGAGUGGAUCAAUAUGCUCAGUUCAGUUUUCGGGCUUUCAAGUUCCUCCAGACUCAUGCCUAUGUGUUCCUGCAGUGUAAGGUGAUCAUCUGCCCUGAUAAUGAUUACAACUCUCGCUGCCGUAAAGGUUGCCAAUACCGGCGCAAGAGAUCCCUUGACAGCUCCUACAACACCAGUACUGUGACACUGGGCCCGAUCAAACUCAGAGGUCAGAGUGCAGUAGCAGGACGAAGACGUGGUGUCGAAUCAGAGAAAUCUAAGGAAUGAUCUGGAAUGGAGGGAGUGAUCUGAUCAUCUUCUCAAUCAUUGACUUAAUCAUUACUUUUAAUUCCUAUUAACCACCCAGCAAAUGAAUGAAAAACAAUUUAAUUUUGUAAUUCAAUAAAGCAUUUCUAAACAGCA